AUGCCUCCAAAACGAAAGAGAAAUUCGGGAGCGACCACUGAUUCGGGUCCUUCUAAGCCUCCUAACCAGCGCACGUCCAAUCCUGCACCAAAAGCACAGUCCAAAGGAAAGGUUGUUGCGAAGAAGUCUGAAGAGUCGAACUGGCCCACGUUUUUUCAAGAUCUAUUUAAAGUGUACAAGAAAGCACUGGCAAUCACUUUCUCUCUUGUCCGCCAAUCAGUUGAAAACAUUCUAAAAAGGCCUUUGGAACUGGAGCGUGUGGCGCAAAUCAAGAAAGAUGGGACACCCGAUAUAUACGCGCCACAAAACUUUUCAGGAGAUAGCAGCGAAGAGGAACAUGUCCUUGUUCUGGAUUUUGCAGAGUCGCGGAAAGUGAAAGGCUCACAACGUGGUUCUCAAGGCAGUGGGCUUAUUCUUCCUGUUGCUCUGACUCCCGCUGGUGUAAAGAACCUGAUCGAGAAACGGAACGAUCGGUUUUGUGCAGCAGUGAAUGAGUUGAUUGCGGCGUGUGCAGUAACAUCCGAGGAUCCGGUAGCACUGGUUACUAGUGCGGCCCAUGAUCACAUUCCGAUUAACCCUGCCUCGAUACUAGAGAGUACGAUUUCAGGCUCUUCAGAGGCCCUCACUAUUCCAAGUUCUUCGGAGCGGCCCUCUAUAGAAAGCGUAAUAAAAUCCUUUAAAGACUUCCAUGAAGCUCGCCCAUACCGUGAGCAGAUUGUCUACGAGCGAGUCUUUGACAAACGCGAGGCUCGUUGGGGCGAACUUGCGCGGCCAAUAUCGAAUAAUGUAGCCAAUGCCUUGAAGAUGGCUCGGGGCGUGACUGGUUUCUAUUCGCAUCAAGCGGCCGCUAUUAAUUCAAUAUGGGACAAAAGAACGUCAUUGUAUCCACAAGCACUGCUUCAGGAAAGAGUGUUAUUUAUCAGGUACAUGGCACAACCAGAAACUGCUUAUCACACUUGUGACGAACUUGUACUCAUUUCCAAGGUUCCUAUUCUCUGCGCACUUGAGAAGGAUAAGACCGCGACAGCUAUGUUCAUUUAUCCGACCAAAGCACUUGCACAAGAUCAAAAAGGGGCGAUUGAGCAACUUUUACUCCGGUGCCCAGGUUUGGAGGAUAUUAAAGUUGCAACCUAUGAUGGGGAUACCCCACAAGCGCUAAGAAACACUGUAAGGCAGACGGCAUCUAUUAUAUUUACCAACUUCGACAUGCUUCAUGCUUCCAUUAUUCCUAAUGAGGAACACUGGAGGAGAUUUCUCAAAAAUCUGCAUCUUGUAGUUGUGGAUGAGCUUCACUAUUAUACAGGAGCUUUCGGAAGCCACGCCGCUAUGAUUAUGCGUCGCUUAAGAAGAGUCUGCGCAGCCAAUGGAAAUCAGAACAUACGGUACAUUAGCUGCAGCGCAACGAUUACUAACCCUCGUCAGCAUAUGGCUGAUAUUUUCGGAAUUGAAGACGUGGAAGUAAUUACAGACGAUGGGGCCCCAGCAGGGCAAAAACACUUUGUGUUGUGGAACCCUCCGCACAUAGAUCCAUUGAACCCAUCUGCAGGCAAAGGCGUGCGAACAAUUGUAUUCUGCAAGGUCCGUCGUACUUAUAUCUUGGCUAAGGUUAGAGCAUCGAGGCGGAUACUCGCAAAGCGAUCGACGAAAAUUGAGCACGAAGCCUUUUCUGGAAAUUUACUGGGAUUAGUUGCAACAAAUGCACUGGAACUGGGUGUUGACAUUGGUACGCUUGAUGCAGUUAUUGUCCUUGGAUUCCCGUUCGGAUUAGCCAGUCUGCGUCAACAAAUGGGGCGUGCCGGUCGACGUGCCCGUGACGCGCUGACUGUGCUUGUUGCUGACUCUCGCGCUAUUGAUCAACACUAUGUGAAUCACCCAGAUGAAUUAUUUUCAACUUUGAAGCGAGAUGGGGACGGCUGGUAUCACACCAAUCCUAAAUUUCUCCCAUUCCCCUCCAAAUAUAUCUCCAUCAGAGGUAUUGAGGAAGAAAAGUAUGUGGUCAUUGAUACCACUUUACAUUCGGAGGGACAGGUGAAGAUUUUGGAAGAGAUUGAAGUUUCAAGAGCGAUAUUUGAGUUAUAUGAAGGCGGAGUGUUCAUGCAUCAGGGCCAAACAUAUAUUGUUACCCAAGUUAGCCAUGAUGAGAAACAAGCUCGAAUUUUUCGUUCCGACGUGAACUGGACCACGCGCCCUCGCGAUUUCACUGACAUCAACGCUAUCCAAACCCACCGCAUCCGUGCUGUUUUUGGCUUUCUCAAGUUAAGAGGCCAAGAAAUACUUGACAUUGUGGAUAUUCAAACCCCUCCCUACGAACGCACAACCACUGGAAUGUGGAUGGACGUCCCCAAGUUCAUUCUUCAGCUCCUCAAAGAUAAAGGAAUUAGCCCUGCUGAGGCUAUACAUGCUGCCUCACAUGCAGUCCUUAAUCGAACACAUCUUUCUAGCGAUUUGAAGACAGAAUGCAAAGUCCCUUCGAAGGAAUAUGCCAACGGGAUUCCUCAGAAAACGCCCUGCCCGGUUAUAUAUCUCUCAUUUCUGGAAUUCAGUUAG